AGCCUGUAAGCUAUAUCUACGUUAAUUCCCAAUGAUUCGAUUCCUCUCGUCUCUGUUUUCCACGUGCGAAAGUAUUGGAGUCCACGCUCCUCCGAUACCUCAUCGACGACUACUGGUGAAUGACAUCAGGCCACCCUAAGGUGAGCUAGAGUAGGCUUCAACAACCAACUUCCUGAUAGCACCAACGCCAAACCGCAAACCUGCUCCGAACCAGCAACUCUCAAACUCAUGCCUUCACACAUCCUCGUCCUCGGUGCAACCGGACAAACGGGCAUCGAUUUCUGCAAUCUCGCGCUCUCUCCAGCUCACAACCACAAACUCACUCUCUAUGUCCGGGAUUCAACCAAAGUUCCUGAGGCCGUUGCCAGCAAUUCGAAUGUUACUGUCAUCAAGGGAACUCUUGAGGAUGAAGCGAUGUUGAAGACCGCUGCUUCAUCUGGUGCUACAAUCUUUGUAUCGUUCGCUGGACCGACGGGAAGGUUGAGUGGGACCCCCGUGACCAACGGCAUGAAACUCCUAUUCCCUCUCCUAAUACAAAACAACUUCCACCGCGCCCUCAUCCUCGAGACCUAUUCCUUCCCUUCUCCCUCAGACAAACCCGCCUGGAAAUGGUCCGCCUCCAUCGUCCUCAUCAAGCUAGUCGGCGGCUCGGCCUACUCCGAGUUCCGCGGCCUUGGGGAAUUUGUAACCUCUCAAGACGUGGAAAAGAUCAAGUGGACGCUCUUCCGCGUCCCGUUUUUAGGGAAUGGUGAGGAGAAACCAGUUACGGCGACGUUCCCGGGCAGUGGACAGGAUGGAAUGUUUUUGAGCAGGAAGAGUAUUGGUGCUUGGGUGUUGAAGGAGAUGGGGGACGAUAGCGAGUGGGUUGGGAAGGCGCCUGUGCUUUGUAAUUGAGGGGAGAGGGCAAGUGCCUCUCCAUAAGAUCCAAUAUCGACUUGAUUGAGAUUCCAUCCAUCCAGCUGGGAUCACGCGAGGAAGAAUGAACCUAACCUGGCAGCAACGGAAAUCAAAGCCAAUCACUGGCGGGCGACUCCAUAUUCACUUGAACCUUGCAUAACCUCUCCUGUUUUCUUUACACCCAAAUAUUGAUUUCGCUUUCUCCAACUUAUCAAUCCAAC